AUGCAGAACCACAAGAGUCCAGCAGAUAUGGUGGAAGAUGUGGAGAUAGGGAUGAAGAAUGGAAGUCCUUCCCCGGCGAUCGAGGUCGACUUCGAGCAAGAAAAGUCCCUCAUUCGCAAGCAAGAUCUUCGAAUUCUACCCCUAUGCGCUGGAAUUUAUCUACUUUGUUACCUUGACCGUUCCAAUGUUGGCAAUGCGAAGACUCUCAACUCAGGCACAGGCAAUGAUUUGCUCGACGAAACGAAUAUGACAGACCACCAAUACAUCAUCGCUCUAAUGGUGUUCUUGAUCGCCUACGGUCUCUUUGAAGUCCCUUCCAACUAUUUCCUCAAGAAAUUGAAACCAAGUCGCUGGAUUGCGUUCCUCAUGUUCUCCUGGGGCGCAGUCACCAUGGGCCUUGGAGGUGCCCAGAAUUUCGCACAAGUCGCAGGAGUUCGUUUUCUCCUCGGGGUGCUUGAAGCUGGCCUAUUCCCUGGACUAGUAUUUUACCUCACAUUUUGGUAUAAAGUGUCGGAACGAUCAUUGAGAGUCGCGUUUAUCUUGGCUUCUGCCACCUUGGCAGGCGCGUUUGGAGGAGCCAUUGCAUACGGAGUCGGGCAUAUGAAUGGUGUAAGGGGUCUUUCCGCCUGGAGAUGGCUCUUUAUCAUUGAAGGCGCGCCUUCGUGCGCAUCUGCAAUCCUUGUUUGGUUCUUUCUUCCAGAUUACCCAGAGACUUGUGGUUUCUUAACUGCGGAGGACAAGGCACUGGCUAAACAGCGACUCGCCGUGGAAGGAGGCCAGGGUGCGGCCAAAGCAAUGACCUGGAGUGAAGCCAAGGCAGUGUUGACAGAAUGGCGACUUUAUGCCCAUUAUCUGGUAUACUUUUCCAUUUCCGUGCCAUUUUCUAGUCUGUCACUUUUCACACCAACCAUCACCGCCGGUUUGGGUUAUGAAAAUCUACAGGCUCAGUUGAUGACGGUUCCUCCAUAUGCCGUUGCAUAUGUAGUAACUCUUGCGGUCUCCUGGUCUGCAGACUACUUCAAUGCUCGCGGUAUGCAUUCUGCUAUCUUCUCAUUUAUUGGUGCUAUGGGUUUCUUAGCUUCCGCUGUCCUUCCUGCAGACGCUUAUCUGCACCGCUAUGGAUGCUUGAUUGUCGCUACCUCGGGUGCAUUCUCAUGCAUUCCUCCUCUUCUGGGCUGGCUGUCUUCCAAUCUCCGCUCAACGGCUGGAAUUGGUUUGGCCAUUGCGAUGAAUAUUUCCUUCGGAGCGCCUGGUCAAAUCGUAGGUGUCUGGAUCUACAAGUCCAAUCAAGCCAAGAAAGGCUUCCCUACUGGCCACUGGACCAACGCAGCGCUCCUGCUGCUUGCUUGUUCCGUAUGUGUUUCUUUGAGACUGUAUUACGGGUGGAUGAACCGGCGGUUGGCCCAAGGCCAGAUCAGAUAUGUCUACUGA